AAGGAGGAGGAGAGUGCGUCAACGUCGUCAUCGAAACUGAAGGAAUCAGCCGAUGAAGCAGAAACGCAGCGUCGUGAAUCUGCGGCUACGAAAUCUUCUGAACAUGUUGACGUUUCUACUGGAGAAGAGAACGAAGUGAAUAUCCAUCAUGCGAUGUGCAAACUGCAUUCGUUCGAUAUCAACACGAAAUCAUGGCAUGAACGUGGUAUGAGCUCAGUGCGAAUCAAUCGUAUCGAUGAAGAGCCAACUGCACACUAUCGGAUCGUCGGUCGCUCAAUGGGUAAUCAACGCGUAGUGCUGAAUUCGCGACUGUUCACUGGCAUGGUGCUGGAGAAAGUCUCAGCAAAACGUAUCAAAUUUUCCGCAACAACACCGGAUUCUGAGCUACCCGUUCUAUUCCUCACCACGGCGUCUGAAUUUGUCACAGAGCAGUUGUUCUCGAAAUUGUCUGAAAUCGUUAAGCCGAAAAAAGAAGAAGAACAAUCAAGGAAGCGAAAGGCAUCAAGCGAAAUGGCUGCUGGUGAUACGGAUAAUGCUACGAGUACUAAAACUGAUGCACCCAAGAAGUCCACCUCCUAA